CCCGUUACCCCUCCCCCCUGUUAGGGGACCGAGCCCCGUUACACUCCUCCUGACCAGGACCGAGACCAAGCCCCGGCCCCGCCUCGCUCCGUUAGCCCCGGUUCCGAGCCGGGCCGGGUCGGGCCUGCCCAGGCGAGGGGGGGCUCGGCGCGGCCUGCACCAUGGCGGGGAGCUGCGACGGGCCGGGCCGCUCAUGGAGACUCUGCAACCUGCUCAUGGCCGCUUUCUUCGGGCUGGCGGCCGCCGUGCAGAUAAAUGACCCUGAUGCAGGACUGUGGAUAGUGGUCUACGUUGUACCUGCUGUCCUUACACUGCUUGUUGGCCUUAAUCCGUCAAUUACAGAUAAUGUUGUCUGGAGGAGCCUGUCGGAUCUGCAUUCUGCUGCUUGUUUAGUUGGGACCAUUGCCUUGGGGUGCUCUUUGUUCACUUAUGCGAAAAGUAACAUCUUGCAUGAAGAGGAAGGAAGGGAGUUGUUUGGUCUGGUGAUUAUUACAAUAUGGAUGAAUCUUUGCCGCAAUUCUGCAAAAAAUCCUCUGGGUGGAAUUCGUCUGAUGGUUGCAAUUUCUCUCUCUCUCUUCCCCUUUGUAACAUGGCUUUACAUUUACAUGAACUCAGAGAUGCGAUCAUCCUGGCCAACUCACUGCAAAACUGUGAUUUAACCAGAAAGGAACAAACACACACAAUAAAUAUUCUAACAGCUAUUUGCCUUCAGCUUUCAGUUGAAAAUUGGUAUCAGACCAACAGGAACUGCAGCUAUGGACCAAGAGCACUUUGCUGCCUCAAACAGCGCAGUUUGAGAUUUGUUAUCAUUAUUAUCCAGCCAUCUCCUCUUUCCAUGCACCAACCUGUGGAUUUCAAACUGUGUCCUUCAUGUAGUGAUGACACCACAGCUCCUGUAUCACUGUCUCCUCCAGUACCACAAUGAACAGGGGCAGGGGCAGACUAGAUCCCGGUAAAUAUGUGCCCUUAGUGUGGAUGAGCAAUUGUACAGCAGCAUCUGCUAGGAACUUUUAGAAAGGACAGAAGCAUUCAAAGGAGAUCCCCUCCUCCUCCCUCAGGGCCUUAAGGUGAGCAGCCAUAUUCUUAUGGCCCGUGAUAUCAGUGGCUGCUGGGAGAUCUGAAACAAGUAGCAGGGAUCGCUGUUCUGUCUGUUUAGUCAAUGAGAAUAGCUCAGUCUCUGUCAUGCCCAGGCUGAAAGUGGACACAGAAUUCAGAAGGUUUUUGGAUAACUGCACCGUUGCUUCUCAGCUGAAUCACAAAUUUAGAAAUCUUCUCCACAGAGUAUUAAAGGUGGCAAGUGUGGCUGUUGUGGUCUUUACUACUGACUCAUGGGCCAACUGAAAUGUGGGACUACGGGAAGGAUUGACAGGUACUAGGCCAGGGGCGAGGACACCAGCCUAGGAAUCAGAGGCCUGCAGUCUAUUCCCUACUCCGCCACUGACCUCCUGUGUGACCUUAGCCAAGUCAUUACACCAAGCUGGUCUUUUAUUUCCCUUCCUACCCUUUGUUACGGAGGCACCAAUUGCAGUUUCAUAGUUAAGAUUAAGAAGGGAUUACCCUCUGUAUGACAAAUACCGUAUGUCCUCUCCAAGCUUAAUCAUUUGCCAUUUGAAUAUAGAAUGAAUUUUCUAAGCAUUUACAAGUAAUUGUUAGUUAAAAUUAAAUGGGUAUUUUUAGAAAUUUA